AGCAGAUGAAUGGGAACACUGCACAAAAUCCUGUGGGAGUUCUGGAUACCAACUCCGCACUGUUCGCUGUGUAGAAAUGACCAAUGGAAGGAACCGGUCAGUGCACAGUAAGUACUGCACUGGAGAGCGCCUGGAAAACCGUCGAGCUUGUAAUCGAAAACCUUGCCCGGCACAAUGGAAGACGGGACCCUGGUUAGAGUGUUCUGUUACGUGUGGGGAAGGAAUUGAACAAAGGCAGGUCAGAUGUCGUCCAAAUGACCAAUGUGAUGGUGAGAAACCAGAAGCUACAAGAGUCUGCAAACGUCCCCCUUGUGGUGAUGAGCCUUGCCUGCGAGAUAAGUCUAUAUUCUGCCAGAUGGAAGUGCUAGCUCGCUAUUGCUCCAUUCCAGGUUAUAACAAACUCUGCUGUGAAUCCUGUAGCAAGCGCAGUAGCACCCUGCCUCCUCCCUUCCUCCCUGGUGCUGCUGAAAGAAACGAUGAAAUGGCAGAAGCUGACCACAACAUGACACCAACUCAUCCUCCUGACUCCACUUCCAGGACCAGAAGUUCGCAAAGCAGCAGGUUAGCCAGAGAAAAGAAUACCAAGCCCAGUGCAGUCACUCCAGGACGUGGCAAAACAAAAGGAAUAAAUUCCUCCCAGAAAAAGAUGCCUGCAGCUGGUAGGCCUCACAGAUUGGUGGCUUCACAGUAUCAGCCUCAUUUAAUUCAAGACAAUCCCAUUGCAACCAGCAACAGCUCCACAGCCAGCCAUGCAUCAGUUGGAGUGGCAGAGGCAUCAGAAAGACAUGCUGCAUUACAAUCUCCUGAGGCAGAGACAUGAAGUAGGAUUCUUAUAUCAGAUACAUCUGAGGAAAAAAGCAACCAUUCAAAAAGAAUCAGUUGUAGACAUCACGGUGCAUGUAUGAUUUGAAAAUGACUUUCUGCAUUUUCACUGAACCUAAACUGUCAAUUUUUUCUUGAAAAGGAACACGUUCAAGUCGUAAAGUGCUGGCACUUUGCUCUAUUGGCCAAAUCCAAUUUCUUUUGGGAUCAUUUAAACAAAGACCAAAGAUUUUUCCAAUGAAGAGGGGAUAUCCAGGUUUUCUGGUGUUGCCUUUGUAAAGGAUUAUGACUACAUUUUACAUAUCAUCUGAUGUUAAAAAAAUCAAAGUAAGAAAUCAAAUUGCGAUGCUCAAUUUCUUUGAGUUUACAGUGUUGAGUUGGUACAAAUAGUAUUCCGUCAAGUGUCAGUGAAUUAGAUAUUAUUUAAGGCAUUUGCAGCUGUUCUGUAAAUACUGUAUAUGUAAGUCAGUAUUAUAUUUUAAUAUACAAGUUGUUUUGUGAGAUAUUGUUUACCAAUGUUACAUAACCAUUUCUAAAUCUCAGUGUAUAUCUGAUGUUGAAAACUGUCUCAAUACAUUUCAUAAUCUGCAAUGAAGGGUAACAGAUAUAACGAUGGAUCAGACAAGAAUUACUGGUCCCUUUAAAUUUUAACUUGGCAGUAAUUACAUGCAGAUCUCCAAUCCUUUUGGUGCUAGUCAAAAUAAAUUACAUGUCUAAAAUAAGUGUUGAUAAGUGCGGGUCAGUAUGCACCCAUGCAAAGAAAGGCCUGUACGAUAUUCUGUUGAAUGCUUACAUUCAAAAGGGGAUAUCUGAUUAAUUUCUUUCUAGGAAGCAAUGGAUCUGCUGGACCUUUCCAGAAUUUUCUGUUUUCGUCUAUCUUGUUAUGUAGAUUUAAAUUCUCUUCUAAGAUCGACAGUUUGUAGCCAGUUAUUUAUGCAGUUACAUAGAAACAUAGCAGAUAGGAACAGGAGUAGGCCAGCCGACUCUUCCACCCUGCCCCACCAUUCAACAUAAACAUGGCUUAUCAUCGAAUUCAAUAUCCUAAUCCUGCCCUUCCCCAAAAUUCCUUGAUCCCUUUAGCCUAUAUCUACUUCCUUCUUGAAAACACAUAUUGUUUUGGCCUCAAACACUUUCUGUGGUAGUAAAUUUCACAAGCUCACCACACUCUGGGUGAAGAAAUUUCUCUUCACCUAAGUCCUAAAAGGUUUAUCUUUUUCCCUUAACUGUGACCCCUGGUCCUGGACUCCCCAACCAUCAAGAACAUCUUUGAUGCAUCUAACCUGAUAAAAUACCUGUUCAAAUUGUAUAGGUUUCUCUGAUAUCCCACCUGCCCACCUUGUUCUAACUGCCAGUGAAUAUAAUUCUAACUGACUCAAUCUCUCCUCAUACAUCAGUGCUGCCAUCCCAAGAAUCAAUUUGUUAAACUUUCACUGCACUGCAUGUAUAGCAUGAACAUCCUUCGUCAGAUAAGGAAACUAAAACUGCUUACAAUAUUCCAGAUGUGGUCUCACAAUGCCCUGUAUAAUUGCAGCAAGACAUUCUUGUUCUUGCACUCAAGUCCUCUCGCUAUGAAGGUCAACAUACAUAGGAUAUGGAAUUGUACAGAACAGGAAUGGGACCUUGGGCCCACAAUGUUGUGGUGAACAUGAAGCCAAAUUAAACUAAUCCCUUCUGCCUGCCCUUGGCCCAUAUCCCUCGACUGCUUUCAUAUUCAUGUGUUUAUCUAAAAGUCUCUUAAAAGCCCCUAUCGUAUCUACCUCCACCACCAUCCCUGGCAGCGCAUUCCAGACUCCUACCACUCUCUGUGUAAAAUAACAUGCCCCUCACAUCUCCAUUGAACUUUCCACCUCUCAGUUUAAUUCAUUUCAAUUUCAAAUCUGGGAAAAAGAUUCUGACCAUCAACUCUAUGCAUCUCAUAAUUUUAUAGACUCCUAUCAAGUCUCCCCUCAGCCUCCACCGCUCCAGAGAAAACAACCCAAGUUUUUCUAGACUCUCUUAAUAGUUCAUAGCCUCUAAUCCAGGCAGAAUUCUGGUAAGCCUCUUCUGCUUUUUCCCCAAAGUCUCCGCAUCCUUCCUGUAAUGUGGCAACUUGUAUUGAAUGCAGCUUGCCUUCUUCACUGCCUGCUGUACCUGAGCACUUUCAUUCAGCGACUGGUGCACAAUGACACCCAGGUCUUUUUGAAAAUUCCCCUCUCUCAAUUUAUAGCCAUUCAAAUAAUAAUCUGCCUUCCUAUUUUUGCUACCAAAGCAGACAACUUCACAUUUAUCCACAUUAUGUUGCAAGUGCCAUGUAUUUGCCUAGUGACUCAGCUUGUCCAAAUCACAUUGAAACAUCUCUGUAUCCUCCUCAAAGCUCACCCUACCACCCAGCUGCAAAUCUGCAAAUUUUGAAAUAUUACAUUUAGUUCCCUCAUCUAAAUCAUUAACCUAUAUUGUGAAUAGCUAAGAUCCUAGUUCCAAUCACUGUAGUACCCCAUGAAUCACCCAUUUAUUCCUACUAUUUGUUGCCUGUCUGCUAACCAAUUUUCUAUCCAUCUCAAAACACUACUCCAACCCAAUGCACUUUCAUUUUGCAUUAAUUUCUUAUGUGGGAUUUUGCCGAAAAUCUUCUGAAAGUCCAAAUGCUACACCUCCACUGUCUCCUCCAAUCAACUCUAUUAUUUACAUCAUCAAAGAAUUCCAGUAAAUUUGUCAAGCAAGAUGUCCCUUUUGUAAAUUCAUGCUGAUUGUGUCUGAUUUGGCCACUGUUUUCUAAAUGCUCUGCUGUAAAAUCCUUGACAACAGACUCUAGUUAUAUAUUUUAAAUGUAAAAUGCAACUCCAUCUUCAUUCUGAGCCAACAUAUUCCAGGGUCUAAUUUCUUUAACAAAAACAGAAAUUGCUGGAGAAACUCUGCAAGUCAGGCAACAUCUAUGGAGAGAAAGCAGAGUUAACAUUUCGAGUCCUGUGACCCCUCUUCAGAACUUUGUUUAACCUCACUUUUGCCCACAUUGAUGGCAUUAGCAGCAGAUGUGUUGAAAAAGUAACCUUUUUCAAUCUUUUUUUCAUCCAUGUGUCAUUCAGUCCUGGGCAUUAUGAUGUUCUGAUAUUAUGUAUGUACAAAGUACAACAUCAGGAUCUAGAAAUUUGACCAGCCAAUUAAAUAGCCUUACCUGAAUGGAUAUCAGUGAUUCACUCAAUUCCCAUUCAAAAAAAAAAUGAGCCAUUGACAAUCUCCAUCAACCUACAGGAGAUACAAUAUAAACUGAAGUACUACAGUGGUUAUGAACUAAUUUUCCUCCACCACAAAAAUGUUGCUGUAACAUGCAAAAUAGAAUAGGAUUUUUCUGUGACAAUUGGUGAGCAACAUUAUUACUUACUUAGAAGCAUACAAGAGGACGGAACUGUUUUUUUAAAAUGGUGAACUGGUAGCAUCAAAUUAAAAGUAUUGUAAAGGAAAAACAGGACCAGAAGAUAAUGAAGUGACCUGAUCAAAAAGGGGAUAGUUAGGAUAGGAGAUUUGGAUGCACAUAGUGGUACACUAUGGAAGAAUGUUUGCUAUUGUCCUGUGUGUAGUCAAGUAGGGUCCAGUCAACUCUGUGCCUUUGAAGAAUUGCUGCUAGUUUCUUGCCAGGCUUCUGAAGGUAAUGAAUCUAGUGUUUAAUUUGUAAAAUGACAACCCUGAGCUUCACACAGUUGCAUAGAAUUUAUUUAAGAAUCUCUCUUUUACCCUAUAAAUGGAAAGAAUAUGAUUUAUUUGCCUUAUUUGCUUUUUUUUGUACAAUAAUAUAGGUGCCUGUUUUAUUCUGACCGUACACUACUGAUGCUGUUUGUUGUAUUGGGGAGCACAUAGCAAUAAAAAUAACAACCCA